CAGGAAAUUUUAGGGCCCUCCAAAUGCAGGGAAGAUUGAGCCUUUGCGGCUGCUUGAUCCAGACUAGUCCCAGCCGGAUUCGAUGCUCCAGCUCCAGCAAGGGUUUCCACAGAUCGAAUGAGUCGCUGGCGACGUAUCACGAGAUCCGCGAGCUCGGGCAGAAGCCGGGGAUCGGGAUUACUCUAGCCGCAUUGAAGGUAUGCCGGGGAUCGAACGACCUCAAGGCUGGGAGGAAGAUUCACGCAGAUUUGGUGGAGAGUGGGGAUAUUUCCAGUGUUUUCGUGGCCAGCGCUGUGGUGGACAUGUACGCCAAGUGUGGGAGCUUGGUGGAAGCUCGCAAGGUUUUCGAGAGCAUGGAGAAGCACGAUGUGGUGUCGUGGAACUCGAUGAUUCAAGGCUACGUCCAAGGCGGUGAUGGGAGAACAGCUCUGGAUCUCUACUCGAGAAUGCAGGAACAGGGAAAGUGUGCUCCAAAUCGUGUCACUGUUCUAGCGGCACUCAAGGCUUGCGUUAGUUUGGCUGGAGAUGGCAAGAACUCUGGAAAUGGUGGUGGAGGGAACUCAGGGUGGCUGAAGAGAGGGAGAGAGAUUCACUCGCAAGCAGCAAAGAGUGGUGAUGAUCUCGACGCGUUCGUGGGAACCAGCUUGAUCGACAUGUACGCGAAGUGUGGGAGCAUGGACGAAGCUCGUCAAGUUUUUGAGAGCUUGCACCACCGAUGCGUCCAGUCGUGGAACUGCCUCAUUCUUCGAUACGCACAGAAAGGGGAUGGCCAAGUUGCCUGGGAACUCUUCUCACGUAUGAAUUCGGAAGGCUACGAGCCGGAUUCUAUCACUCUUCUUGCUGCGCUGAAGGCCUGUGCAAGCUUGGCAGAGGAAGAGCAAGGCGAGUUUGUGUCGGGAAAGCUCGUCAAAGCCGAGAGUUUGGAGAAGGCUCGAAGUGUUCACUCUCAAGCUGACAAGAGUGGAGCCCUGCGCAACGCUUAUGUCUCGAACGCUCUGAUAGACUUCUAUGCGAAGUUUGGGAGCUUGGAGGACGCUCACAAGGUGUUUAAGACGAUGCCGCAACGGACUGUGGUGUCCUGGAACUCGAUCAUUCUCGGGUACGCUCAGAGUGGCGAGGAGAAAGCUGCUUUGGACUUGUACUCGAGCAUGAAGGACGAAGGUGGUGUGGCUGCGAACAGAAUUACUCUUCUCGCUGCUCUCAAGGCUUGCGCUGGUUUGGCAGGGAAAGAAGAUGGAAAGCAAGUUGAUGGCAAGAUUAUCAAGGUUGAGUCGCUCAAACGAGGCCGAGCUCUUCACUCUCAAGCUGUGGAGACUGUGAAGAAGCUAGACGUGUUCGUGGAGAGCUCCCUGGUGGAUUUGUACGCAAAAUGUGGGAGCCUUGGAGAUGCUUGCAGGAUUUUUGAGAGCAUGGAGGCACGGAGCAUGGUCUCGUGGAACUGUAUCAUUCUGGGGCUCGCUCAGAGUGGCUUUCCAAACGCUGCUCUCAGGUACUAUUGUCGUAUGCAAAAUGAAGGAUGCUUACCAAAUGCUGUGACUUUUGUUGCAGUUCUUAAGGCCUGUGGCGUUUUAGCAGCGCUAGAACUCGGGAAGCGAGUGCAGGAUGAGCUCAUGCUGGCUGGCUUUGGCGAGGAUCCCUUUGUAGCCACCUCGCUGAUCGAUUUCUUUGGAAAAUGCGGCAGCAUAGUCGAUGCGGAAAAGGGCGAUAGCGAGCGGGUGUUUGAUCUGUUCGAGAAAAUGCAAGAGGACAAGCUGCGACCAAACGAGGUCACCUUUCUCUCGGUUCUUACCGCGUGCAGCCAUGCCGGCCUCGUUGAAGAGGGGAAAGGUUACUUCCGGAGAAUGAGCUCAGAGUUUGGCAUCGCUCCUCGCAUCAGGCAUUACACUUGCAUGGUGGAUUUACUGGGGCGUGCCAAUCAACUGGACGAAGCUGUGGCAAUGGUCAAAAAGAUGGCAUGCGAGCCAGACGUGGUGAUUUACACGGCUCUAUUGAGCUCAUGCUGGAAGUGGAAGAACACAGAAGUUGGGAGGUUCGCAUUUGAGGAGGUGAUGAAGAUGGACAGCAAGAACACUCUGGCUUACGCCCUCAUGGCGAACGUCUACAGUGCUGCUGGAUUGGCAGGAAAGGUUGGGGAGAUCCAGGAAAUGGGAAAAACUGCUGGAGUUUUGAGAAGAUCUGGACAGAGCUGGUGGACGGAUAGGAAAGGAAGAGUGCACGUCUUCGUUGUGGGUGACAAGAGGCAUCCACUAACUGAGAAGAUUCAAGCGAAGCUGGAUGAUCUUUUUAAUAAUCUGGAGCGAGGACAAGGAAACGGAGAACAGUGUGGAAGUGGCGGCCAUGAUAACGAUCUCGCCUUGUGUGGACACACGGAAAAGUUUGCGGUGGCAUGUGCUCUCUUGAGCUCUCCUCCUGGAGCACCGGUUCGAGUCGUAAACAACUACAAGACUUGCGAGGAAUGCCACGCAACUACUGCUCUUAUCUCUAAGCUGGAGCAGCGGACCGUGAUCGUCAGAGACACCCGGCUACACAUUUUCCGAAAUGGAAUAUGUUCCUGUGAGUCAAGGCCAAACACGGACGGAACUCUCUUGACAGCUUUUUAUGUCGGAGAUCCGGACGACCAUCAUUCAUCACUUAUCCCUAUCGACACGUACUGACUGACCUUCGGCAUAUAAGUAGUGCUUCGUGUUGAGGCAUAAGUUAAGAUGGAAAAUCGUUCGUCUCU